GUGGGCUCCCUGUUUGAACGCAGUGUGGUGCUGGUGGACAAGUUGCAAGGUAAACUGGACCAGGACCUCCAGAAGGCCUUUGACCCCCAGAGCAGAGGCCAGGCCCGGGGCCAACAGCCUACCCAGGACCCCUUCUCCCUGGGGAUGGACUUAGGCUUCAUCCACAGAGUGGGGCUGGAGGAGGUGCUGGACUCCUUCUUUAACUUUGGGAAGAGUGUUGUGGAGGACUUUGGGGACGUGGUCACACGAGUGUUUGAUGACCUCAAAGACGUUGUGGAGGAGGAGAGGAAGAGAGAGGGGAAGCUGUUCCCUCCUUUCCUCCAGAACAUGAAGCUGUGUAGAGAGUUGAGGAGGCAGACUUCAGAAUGCUGGCAGCUGCAGAACCAGUGUCAGUCCUGUCAAGGGGUGCUGCUCACAGAGUGUCCCAGUGUGAGGGAGCUGCAUGUGGAACUGGAUGAGAAGACUCAGCUGCGGGACAUGUCUAAGGAGCAGUAUGACGAGGUUCUGAGCAUUGUGCAGCAGCACACAAGUGACACGGUGAGCUGGAUAAGCAACAUGGCUUCUGAGUUCAGCUGGGUGACAGAAAUGGUCAACAACACCACCACACCUGAUACCAUAUUCCGCAUCAGAAAGGUGGUGUCAGAGGGAGUUGAUGGAGGCAGCUCGUCAAGGGGAGACACCAAGGUGGAGCUGAACAUCCUAAACUCUCCUCCUCUCCUCCUGACCAUCCCAGCUGAUGUGGAGCUGCAGGACCCCGCCUUUAUCCGUUUCUUGGCUCAGGAGGCCCUGGGGAUGUACAAGCAGAUGUUCAGACACAUUGACGACUAAGCAUGAAGAAAGUUCACUCACUGUCAUGUCAUAGUUAGUGGACAGUACGCUGUGUGUUUUUGUUCACUAGAUUUAAUGUAUAUAGCUUGUAAACAAAUUUGUUUAGGGAACAUUUUAAGAUUGACGAGACAACUUAUUGUAAUGUUGGAAUUAAUUACAUGUAAAAUUGAACCAAAGUAACUUGUACCAGUUGUCAUGUUGCAUGUUGUACAAUAAAAGGUGGAGCUCGA